CCAGUCAAUAGUCUUUGUCGACGCCCCAAAUUUCUCCGCAGACAAAGAUGGUUCCUGUGGUGUUAAAAAACUUCGAUGAACAGAAAGAACCUCCGAUUCAAAGAUCAUAAGCCUGCCAAUAAAAGCGUUCACAAGAAACCUUUGACCAAGCAAGCAGAUUGGAGCAGCUGUGCAGCCUCCUUUAGAAUAUACAAGGCCUGCUUAGAAUAUGCGAGGCCUGCUUGGAAGAUGUCCGACCUCAGAAAGAUGUGGCUAGUUUAGUAAUCUGACCUGUUCUGCGACAGCCCCUUGCAAGCAGCCACACUCUUGCCUCCCCAUGAAACAAAAUGCUUUUAUUCAUCAACAGAUAUUUCAGGAGGCCAUCAGAGGGUACUGGAAGAAGAAGAAACAAAGGGCAGCUCAAAGAAGAAGGGGAGAAGAAGAUGGAGAUGCUGUCCCUUUGUGCCGGGGAGGCCUCCCAUCCUUGUGCCCAUGGCUGUCUUGCAGCACCUUUGCGAAGCCUGAUGGAGCCUAGCAAACCCAAGCAGCGGCCGACCACCACAACCAGGAUCUCCAGAUCCAAUUUUGCCAAGUCCACCACUUCAUUUCUGUUCCCAAACACCCACUUCACCAACCAUGAGUCACUCCCUUCCCUGCAUGAUGCCUUCUCCAGCUUCUCCGCAGCAUAUCCACAGUACACCGAGACCCAACAAGCAGACCACAUCAGAGACAGAGAAUACCAUCACCUCAUGAAUCAUGUCUGCCUCGAUUACACCGGGUUCAACCUCUUCUCCCGUGCACAAAUGCGCUCCUCUGUGGCAUCCUCGUCUUCGGGCUCUCCGCCCUCGGCCCUCCUGCAGCCCCCUUUCUUCCACAUCUCUUACAAGUCGGCCAGCCUCAAGUCUCAUGUGCUGUAUGGGAACCAAGAGACGGUCCUAGAAUCUGCAAUCAGAAGAAGGAUUAUGGAUGUCCUCAACGUAUCGGAUGAAGAAUACUCUAUGGUCUGUACUGCCAACAGGACUACUGCUUUCAGGCUUUUGGCAGAAUCUUACCCCUUUCACUCCAACAAGAGGCUGCUCACUGUGUAUGACUAUGAGAGUGAGGCAGUCAGUGCAAUGGCAGAAAGCGCCCAGAAGAAAGGAGCCAAACUCAUAUCUGCUAGCUUUACCUGGCCAAGCCUGAGGAUUCACUCAGCCAGAUUGAGAAAGAAGGUGAGCAAGAGAAAGAAGAAAAGGCGAGGCCUGUUCGUGUUCCCACUCCAAUCCAGGAUGACCGGGGCCAGAUACCCUUACCUAUGGAUGGCCAUGGCGCAGGAAAAUGGGUGGCAUGUGGUGCUUGAUGCAUGCGCAUUAGGGCCCAAGGACAUGGACACCCUGGGACUCUCCUUGAUCAAGCCAGACUUCAUCAUCUGCUCUUUCUUCAAAGUAUUUGGUGAAAACCCAUCUGGUUUUGCUGGCCUUUUCAUCAAAAAGUCCAGCAGCGCAGUCUUGGAGACCUCGGCGAUUGCUAAGAGUAUUGGGGUUGUGAGCAUUGUCCCAGCAAGAGGCCUGUCUCAACUGCCAGAUGAUUACUCUGGUACUGACUUGGAGGCCCAAUCUUCUAAGUUCCAAUUAGAAGAGGAUGAUGCAGAAACCACCAGUUCAUUCUCUGGUCCAAUACCUACCCGCAUCUGCAAUGGUUCUUCUCAUGCAGAUAACGGGUUGGCUGAAAACCCUUCGAGUGUUAAACAGACUCAGAUCAAGAGAUUUGAGCAGGGUGAGACUUCCCAAAUACGCGGACAAAUGGUUAGCAAAGAAGAAGAAGAAAAUGCAGAACAAUCGGCAGAGAUUGUACAGUUAGAAGAUGGUAACUCUGUUCAAGUAGAGAGGACUACAACAAACAGAGAAGCAGAUAAGAGCAUGGAGAUUGAAUGCAGAGGAUUAGACCAUGCAGACUCCUUGGGUCUGAUACUCAUCAGUAGCAGACUGAGAUACAUCACUAACUGGUUAGUUAUUGCACUGAUAAAGCUCCGGCAUCCUCACUCGGAGAAUGGUCCUGCUUUGGUUAGGAUCUAUGGGCCAAGAAUAAAAUUUGACAGGGGACCUGCAAUAGCAUUCAAUGUGUUUGAUUGGAAAGGAGAAAAAGUGGAGCCUGCACUUGUCCAGAAGCUAGCUGAUAGAAGCAACAUUUCUCUUAGUUGUGGGUUCAUACACAACAUCUGGUUCUCGGAUAAAUACGAAGCGGAGAAGGAUGCAGUCUUGGAAAGAAAGGUCAGUGAAAUAACAGUAGCCAGUAAAAGGAAAGAGAGCAUUGAUCUAGGAAUAAAUGUUGUAAAUGCUUCACUUGGUUACCUAACUAAUUUUGAAGAUGCUUACAAACUUUGGGCUUUUAUUGCCAAGUUCCUGGAUGCAGAUUUUGUUGAGAAGGAGAGGUGGAGAUACAUGGCUCUCAACCAGAAAGUGAUUGAGGUUUAAAUGAGACCUCAAGUUAUCCAUGUUUGACUGUGAUUUCUGCUGGAUAUUUUCAAAUAGAACAUUCAAAAUUCUUUCAGCAUUGAACCAUUCAUGUGUAGACUAUGUAAGGGUUGAUGUUUUAUUCGACAUAAUGUCAGCUAUUCAUUUAUUCUUUGUCCGAGAAGGGCAGUUAUUAUAUCAAUGGCCAUUAUUACAACUGAAUUACAUGCACCACAA